AAUGGUUAUUUCUUCUUCUUUUGAUGCCAAAUUAGGUCACACUACGCGCUCUCCAGUAAAUUUUUGCCAAUAUCAAACAAUGCUCUUAUUUUAAUACGCCAAUAUGUCUGUGGCUAAAUACCUCAACCGCUCCGUUGGAAAAGCUGGCAAGGAUGUGGCCGCCAGGAUCUGCACCCUAAAACCCACUGAACCGGAGCAUCAUGCGAUACAUUUGACCGCUGGUGAGAAUUUCGUGGGACGCAGCCGGGAGACCGGAAUCAGAGAUUCCAAGUGCUCGAAGCGGCAGAUCCAACUGCAAGUGGACCUAAAGAAGGCUGUAGUUUCUCUAAAAGUCCUGGGAGUCAAUCCAUGCGGCGUCAAUGGUUUGAUGGUUAUGCAGAACUCGGAAUGUGAGCUAAAGCACGGAGAUUUGGUGGAGAUUGUCUACGGCAGGCAUCCCUUCGAGGUAGUUUUUAACCCUCCACCGACGGAUGACAAGCAGAAAGCUGAGCCCUCGCGCACAACAUUAUCAGCUCCCGCGGAAUCCGAGAGGUGGGACUCUGUUGGCAAUGGUAAGCUGGUAAUCUUCACCAGCGCCGGCGUAAAAGCAUCUGAAAAGAUAGCUGGCUACGACAUGGAUGGCACCAUAAUAAAAACCAAAUCGGGACUGGUUUUCCCCAAAAACACCGAUGACUGGCAGAUCAUAUUUCCCGAAGUCCCGGAGAAGCUUAAAAAUGUCCACAAGGAAGGGUUUAAAAUCUGCUUCUUCACCAACCAAGGUGGCAUAGCUCGCGGAAAAAUUAACCUAGAUGACUUUAAAGUCAAGAUCAAGCAAAUUGUGGCUAAACUGGAAGUUCCAAUUCAAGUAUUUAUAGCCAUAGGUGAUGGAUUUUACCGCAAACCUUUGACAGGAAUGUGGCAGCACUUAAAGAGCGAAAUGAAUGAUGGUGUUGAGAUCCAGGAAGAUCGCUGCUUCUUCGUGGGCGACGCAGCUGGAAGACCGGAGACGGGCAAGGGUGCCACCAAGCAGCGCAAAGAUCACUCUUUAGCGGAUAGACUUUUUGCAGCCAACGUAGGACUUUCGUUCUACACUCCAGAGGUUCAUUUUCUGGGCAAACGAGUGGAGCAGUGGAAUAAGCCUGACUUUGAUCCCACUAUCGUUCAGGACCAAGUGACCCUGUUUGAUCCAGACGACUUGACCUUCGAUGACCUCCCCUGUGAAAUGGUCAUCAUGGUGGGUCUGCCAGGAUCCGGAAAGAGCCACUUUUGUGUCGGCUUUUUUCAAUCGCGGGGCUACAAGAUAGCCAAUGCGGACACAUUGGGUAGCACUCAAAACUGCCUGACUGCCUGUAAACGGUUCCUGGACUCUGGGCAAUCCUGUGUAGUGGAUAACACUAAUGUGGAUGCAGCUUCUCGCAAAAAGUUCUUGCAGUUGGCCAGCGACAAAAGAAUUCCUUGCCGCUGUCUCGUGAUGAAUGUGCCUGUCGCUCAAGUAAAGCACAAUAUAGCUUUCCGAGAGCUGUCAGACACUGCACACUCCAAGAUCAAGGACAUGGUCUUUAACAUGAUGAAGAAAAAGUACCAGGAGCCAGCCCUAGACGAGGGAUUUAUAUCCAUACACAAGGUAAAUUUUAAGCCCAGUUUUGCUGACGAAAAGCAGGAGAAGCUAUACAAAAUGUACUUAGUCGAAAAAUAAGAAAGUAAUAAGUUGUAUUUAAUCCAAAGUGAAUAUACGCUUAGCUAUAUCGGCGAUCAACCAGUCCAUGGAGCUUAGCAGCUUCUCGCCGGUCACUGCACUAACUCCGGCCACCAGCCAAUGAUGUGUGGUGAUAUCCUCUAGGUGUAGGAUCUUUACGGAUAAAAGAUAUUAAAUGUGUUGUUUCAAUUGAUAAGUAA